AUGGUGUCCGACCAGGACAUAGCCGAAGCACUAGAAUCCAGUACAGAAGAAGCCGACAAUGAAGCUCGAUCUCACCCACCACCACCUCCUCCGCCGCCGCAACAACAACAACCCCAUCUCCACCACCACCACCAUCACCAUCACCAUCAACAGCAACAGCAACAGCAACAACCUCCUCCCAAAGAUCACUUUCUCCUCCACCAAAACCCUAAUUUCCAUGCCGCUCCUUCGCAGCUCCCUCCCAAUUUCACCGUUCACCGGCCACAGCAUCCGCCUCCGGCGACAAAGACUGAAUCUUUGGUCACCGAUGUGGCUACCUCCGCCGCCUCUAGUGCUGCUGUUGCUACCCCUGCUGAAACCCCCAAAGAGAGUGCCCAACCUGCAAAAAAAAGAAGAGGUGGCCCAGGGGGGUUAAACAAGCUUUGUGGGGUUUCACCUGAACUUCAGGUCAUUGUCGGGCAUCCAGCACUGCCUAGGACUGAGAUUGUAAAGCAGCUGUGGGCGUACAUAAGGAAAAACAAUCUUCAAGAUCCAAGUAACAAACGGAAGAUAAUUUGUAAUGAUGAGCUGCGUUUGGUGUUUGAGACAGACUGUACUGACAUGUUCAAGAUGAAUAAAUUGCUAGCUAAACAUAUCAUCUCUCUUGAGCCUAAAAAACCGGUAGGUCAAAAUUCUAAGAAACCGAAAGUCGAAGUGGAAUCAGGGACCAAAAGUGGCGAAUCUGGUCCAGUUGUGGUAAUAUCUGAAGCACUUGCAAAUUUUUUUGGUAUGGGUGGAAGAGAGAUGCUGCAUUCUGAAGUCAUAAGACGUGUUUGGGAAUACAUAAAGUUCAACCAACUCGGGGAUCCUCUGAGUUCCAUGGUGAUCCAAUGUGAUACAAAGCUUCAAGAGCUGUUUGGAUGUGCAACCAUUUCUACAUUGGGGAUCCCUGAGAUGUUAGCACGCCAUCAUCUAUUUAAGAGAUGAUGACAAAUGAUAUCGUUGACAGAUACAUGGUGUUUAAUCUAACCUACUGGGUUCUGACGUUAUAGCAAAUACUACCCCGAAUGGUUUAUUUGUGUUUAGAUUUCAUGUUGACUCAGCUAGGUAAGUUGUGAGUAGAAAGAAAACGGAAAGGGGCUAAUGGUGAGUUGUGUUGUGUACCUAGCACCAAUAGUCCUCAGGUUAUGUUUUUGUUAUUUGGCAUAUCUUAGGGUUUACAUUUCUGCUGGAAUUUCUAACCGUUGUAAAAUGCAGUCAAUAGGAAAACAGGCGUCAAUGUAAAGGAUGAUAUUAACCCCCUAUCUGAUUAUGCAAAACAGUAUUAACUUAAGAUCCACA